GUUAGGCGGACACGCAGCAUCGCCUGUUCUCUCUCUUUCGCUCACGUUCGUUGACUCCUGUGUGAGAAUGAUCUUGCUGCUUCUCGCCUCCUUCAGUUGCUCCCUUCCUCGACGCCGUUGUCUGUGUGCCGGCAAAUAUCUUGUGCAUUGAGCGUUUUGCGUUUUUCUUUUGGCUCGGAUAAGGGCUGGGUCUCCUUGAGCAGAUAGUGAAACGGAUGUACAGGCCUAAGAUGUAGGCCUAACCCAGCGUCAUGUUCAUUCGUAGCUGAGUCAUACGCAAACCCUAGGCCUAAGCAGCACCCGCAAUGUUCUCGGAGUCAUGGACCAAGGAUGCACCUUCGCCUGCUCUUAACGUGAGACUUGGCCUACGAGCAGUCUACCUCAAUGGCUGCGCCAAGUGUUCUUGAAAGUGUCGUACUAGCCUAAUGUUGGUGACGCCGGGGAUAGGUUAUCUGUUUGUAUGACCAGAAAUUACGGAAGGCUUAUAGAAGUGCGUGUUGCAUCCCAGUGGUAUGCAACACGCCUUAACUAAUUUUUUUUCCUUCCGAUUUUUAACCCAAUCAUUUUCAUGGUUAUGGGCGUCGCCUGCCCUGUCAACUUUUGUCUUUUGCGUCGUUCAUUUUCGUACCGUGAAAUGUAUGAAGUCAUUCUGAUUACUCGAUUCUCUGGCGGUGGCGUCGAUGUGGACCGGGUCCGAUUUCCGAGAACUGAGUAGGCCUUAGUAUGAGCAAAGGGCGUUGUGUGGUUCCAGACAGAGCGGCAUGUCGGGAAGGGAGCAGACGGAACAAGGAAACUCGUUUUCUGGCCGAGCAUGAGCGAUGAAGGCGCAGGCUGGGGUUCUCAUCCCUCCCCUUUCGUGCAUGAUAGGCCUAGGUCAGACGGAAUGGGUAUGGUUGAUGGGGAAAGGGAAAGCGGUGGGUCUGCGUGCUCUACCUGGGAAGGGAACACCUCGAAUCGAUUGUCCGUCUCGAGCAAGGCGGCAGCUGGUCAAUGGCAUCAACAGGAAUGUGUGUAUGAGCCCUGGGGCUUGAAGGAGAGAGGAAGGGGGAUCGGCGAAGCAGAGGAAGUUCCCUCUCACAUUCCCCCCUUCGCCUCUCUUUUCUUCGUCUCAGGCGUGCAGAAUGGCGGGGAGGUCAACACGCAUUCCGGCUUGCCGCUUUUUUUUAUUUUCCUCUCCCCAACCCUUGGCCGUACAGAAUGAGGUUGCGUUUGUCUGUGUGAGGAGAGAUGCAUGUCGUCUCCGGGAGCCUAUCACCUUCCUUGCCUUUUUAUGGUCUCACAGUUAGGUCGAAAGGAGGAUGUCGAGGAACGAGAGUCGCAUCUAUGUAGGGAAUCUCCCGCCCGACAUCCGAAGCAAAGACAUCGAGGAUCUCUUUUAUCGCUACGGGAAAAUCAACUUUGUGGACCUGAAGAAUAAGCGUGGACCCCCCUUCGCCUUCGUCGAGUUUGACGACCCCAGGGAUGCAGAAGAUGCAGUCAGUGGUCGUGAUGGCUAUGACUAUGAUGGGUACAAGCUUCGUGUAGAAUUUCCAAGAGGAGCAGGACCAAGAAGGUCUGUUGGUCGAGGGCGAGGCCCUCCAGCCCGGAGAUCUCAAUACCGAAUUCUUAUCUCUGGGUUGCCACCAUCAGGGAGCUGGCAAGACCUAAAAGACCACAUGCGAGAGGCUGGAGAUGUCUGCUUUGCUGAUGUCUACAGAGACGGAACCGGAGUUGUCGAGUUCCUGCGUUCUGAGGAUAUGAAAUAUGCUGUUCGAAAGUUGGAUGACUCCAAGUUCCGGUCUCAUGAGGGUGAGGUAGCUUAUAUUCGAGUGAAGGAAGAUCACGGUGGAGGAAGUGAUGGCAGAGUGUCAACACGCCGAUCUCGCUCUCGUUCCUAUUCGCCUCGACAGAAGCGCAGCUCCCCAACUUAUUCACCCAUGCGUCGCUCCCAUUCCCGAUCUCGAUCCGGAUCUAGGGAUUCCUACAACUGAGGAUGACACUCAUGCACUCCCUCCUAUUUCUUGCGGGGCAUUAUGCCAAGAUGAGGAGAGUACCGAUAAUGAUGAGUCCUGGUUUCUUCCCAAUACACAUGUGUCUGUCUAUCAAUGAUUGAAAUAGUGACUUGUGGGUGCACUGCUAGGAGAGAGAUUGAUAUUGUGGGUUUCUGUCUUUUUUGGUGUCAAGUGGAGAGAGGGAGCUGGAUUGGAAAAAGGAUCAGGACUAAGGAUGGAAGGAUCUCUCGUGGAAGGAUUAGGAUUUCUCAUUGGAUUGCAUUGCGGCAGAGGAUCUCACUUCGGGCCUCAGGAUUCAGGAUUUCCAUACCUGCCCAGAGGCAUGGGAGGUAAAAGACAGGAGGUGAAACAUAGGGGGAAUUUGGCAGUUGACUUAAACAUAUUUCAAGGGACCUGACCUACAUAUAGGUGUAUUUUCUGUAAGUUGGAACCAGGAAGUAAAAGCAGUUGUGGGAAAUUAUUGGGCAAAAUAAUUUUAUCCUCAUGGAAAAGAACAUUUCCCCCACUUCAACGGAACAUAGAUUUAUAAAAAUAUAUUUUACUAGCCAGCAUUCAUGCAUUAUCUUCCAUGAAUGCUUGGCAUUAUGGCUAGGAAAGAAAGUACUUUAAGCAAUAUGAAAGAGGAAUGAUGCUAGAUGGAGGUGCCCUGGGCAGGUGUGCGUAAUGGAUCUCUAAUGGACAGGACAGAAAAAGGCAGGGGAAUGACAAAUGUCUCUCACUCAGGACAGGAUGGAACAGGAUCAGGAUGGCAUCUGCUUUGCACUUGGAUCCAUCCAGGUAUGGCCCAUGAAAACGUAUGUAUAUCUGUUCGUUCGUACCUGUAUUUAUGCCUCCCUCUCUCUCACAUGCAGCUCUUCCCUCCCUCCCUUCGGUCUUGUUUAUUUCAUGGUAUAAAUUUAGAGUCUUUUCCACACAAACUCACACUGGGGCUGCUUUCCUCUUUCCUCCUCCUCCUUGGUUCUUUGUUUAAGGGCAUUCCCCAUGAGGUCUUGAUGCAUGCAACAUAAAUGUUUAUUUGCUGGAGGAGCUCUAUUUAUAGGGGGGGCGAAGAAGAGAAAGAAUUGGGGAAAAAAAGGUCAGAUCUUGUGUGGGUUCUUCUCCUAGCCUAACCAUUCAUCUCUUCCCCAUCCUCACUACUCCUGAUUUUUCCUCUCCCCUCUCUUCUACUUUUUCAUUCAAGUGCCGAUGCGACUUGUUUCCUCCAGCUAGUAACUGAGGUGGUCUGCUCUCCCUCUCUGUUGUGACCUAAUAAAGUCUUCUCUCCUAGGA